GGUAGCCAGCUGUGACAUUGGCCUUGGUUGCCAAUUUGUUCCUCUUCCUCUUUGGGGGGCCCAAUCACAAGGAAAUAUGUUGACACUGCCAUUUGAGGAACCUCAUAUGAUGUGUGAGCCGCGGUUUGGUGCCAAUUAUCCCCGUGAAAACUUACCUGAGAGCCUGGAGAAGGAGCGACAACACGACCCAGACAGGUCCAAUUCAGACAUGAGGGAGGCCGAGGACGACAUCUCCGACAGAGAUGAGGACGAAAGGGAGGGCGAUCACGAUGACAACGGGCUUCCUAAAAAGCGCGGCCCGCGAAAAAAGAGGCCCGGUAAGGAGAUGGACCGGUCCAAAGUACGGCGCCAUGAAGCCAACGCCCGAGAGCGCACCAGGAUGCACAGCUUGAACGACGCGUUGGAGAGCCUGCGCAAAGUUGUGCCGUGCUACUCAAAAACACAAAAACUGUCCAAGAUUGAGACCCUUAGACUGGCUAAAAAUUACAUCUGGGCCCUGUCAGAGACUCUGAGCGCUGGGAAGAGACCGGACCUCCUCGCUUUCGUACAGACUUUGUGCAAAGGAUUAUCUCAGCCAACAACCAACUUGGUGGCCGGUUGUUUGCAGCUGAACGCGAGAAAUUUCCUUACAGAUCACAACGGGGAGGUCAUGUUCUCUGGCAGAUCGCCCUACGAUGCCAUGUACUCGUACCCCGGCUCAGACAUGAACACGCCCCCCGGUCACAGCGGGAGCAACCUGGACAGCAGCGCCAAGCCGUUCAGACACUACAGCUACAGCGGCGCGUACGAGCCCUACUACGAGAACCCGUCCCCAGAGGGCGGGAGUCCGCAUUUCGACGGCCAGCUGAGCCCCCCGAUGAACUUCAACGGGAUUUUCUCUCUAAAACACGACGAGCCGCCAGACUACGGCAAAAGCAGCCACUAUGGCAUGCGCUACUGCAGUGCGCCAGGGCGCACGGCUCUUGCGCACAAUUCCAUGUACCGCGUCUCCCCAGAGGGCCGUUUCCCCUACGAUCUGCACGUCCGCAGCCAGUCCUUUCAAGCACAAGGGGAAGUUAAUGGCUCUUUCCACAAUUAAUCAAUCAGCUGGACAAAGUUCAAGUUUCAGAAGCAAUGCAAUUUCCCCCCGCAGAUGUCGAGAGUGG